GCAAGCCAUCAACCGUUAGAGCCAGUCCACACGGCGCGUUGCGUCAGCGUUGCGUCGACGCAGCGCUACCACUGCGUUGUUUUACAUACAAAUAACCAAGGUGUUCACACGGCGCGCUGCGUCGUCGCAACGCACACAUGACGGACAGCAGCCCCCGAGACGAAGCGGGAGGGGGUGUACUCGUGCGACGUCGGAGCGUCAGCGCUCAGUUGCUUGUGCGUUGACAGAGAGGAUACACGGAAGCUCAUUUCGUUUUACGUUUACGUUUUUGUAUUUAGUUUUAUUUGCAGGGUAAUUAGUUUUAUUUGCAGGGUAAAAUGAAUACCAUUGAAGAAAUUGACAUAGAUUACUUGAUUACAUUGAUACAGGAAAGGGAAAUUAUAUGGGACAAGUCAAACGUAGAUUUUAAAAAUAAAAAUUUAAAAACAAAAGCCUGGGAAGACAUAUCAAAAGUUUUAUUUCCUGAUUACGAGAAUUUCACAGCUGAACGAAAAAAUAAAGUUGGUAAUGAUUUAAUAAAAAAAUGGAGAAGUGUAAAAGAUAAUUACUUCAGAUAUUCAAAAAAAUUAAAAGAAGCAUCAAAAUCGGGCUCGGGCGCUACGAAACUGAAGAAGUAUCAUUUAUACAAUCAACUCCUUUUUUUGAGAAAAGUGGAACAAAAUGCCACCGAAUCUAGCUUAGACUCGCCUAGAGAAAUCAACAAUGAAUCUACGUCUACAAAUGAUGACAUUACCACAGACAACACUCCGCGCUAUGUUCCAGUCGCGCGCAAAAGGGCAAUGCAAAUGGAUGAGUUUGAAAGAGAAGGACUAAAACUUCUCAAGGAGCCGGAAAAUCGCCAUAUGUCCUUUUUCAGAGCUAUAUUGCCAUCUAUUCAAGAAUUUUCCGACCGAGAAACUCUCCGUUUCCAAAGUAAAGUUAUACAAAUUAUAGAUGAAAUGCGGUAUGGACAAACAUCAUCAUAUGUGAGUGGCCCAUCAACGUCUCACCAACCACCAUAUGGGUAUCAAACAGCAAAUUUUCAAAGUACAUACAUUUCUGAUUUUAAUAAUUCAAUUACAUCUCCAGAAACAUCUCAAGCAAGUGAAGAAACUGAAUACGAUUUUUCUAAUUUGUAAUUACUGGAUGAUAUCUCUCUUAAAUAAUGUCUAAAUUUAAAAUUAUGACAAUUGCUGAUUAUUUGUGAGUUGAUUACUCUCUUAAAUAAUGUCUAAAUUUAAAAUUAUGACAAUUGCUGAUUAUUUGUGAGUUGAUUACUAAUUAAACAAACCAAAAAAACUGU